AUGGACGCCCUCGUCCCACUCCACGACGCUGCCCAUCCCCAGCAGCUCCCCUCGUCGCUCUCGGUGCUCUCGAGCGCCCUCUCUAGACCGCUGACACCAGCCGAAACAGAAAGACUCGUUCAGCUCGACCGUCUCAGGCAGUUUCUCGCCACUGCUCCUUCCCACUGGUCGUCGUCGUCGACGGCCUCGUCCGCCCGCCAGCCACAGCACGCCCAGCUCUCUCAUGCGGGUUCUACACAUCCUGCUCUCAACCGCUUUCUCCUCCCGUCGGGCGAAUACGUCUCGUGCGUCCUCUGGUCGGGUCUCUACCACAUCACCGGCACCGACAUUGUCCGCGCCCUCGUAUUCCGCUUUGAAGCAUUCGGUCGUCCCGUCGUCAACAUGAAAAAAUUCGAAGAAGGCGUCUUUAGCGACCUCCGCAAUCUCAAGCCCGGCACAGACGCCUGCCUCGAGGAACCAAAGUCGCCGUUCCUUGAUCUACUCUUCAAAUAUCAAUGCAUCCGCACUCAGAAAAAGCAAAAGGUCUUCUAUUGGUUCUCUGUGCCACAUGAUCGACUCUUCUUGGACGCUCUCGAGCGUGAUCUCAAGAGGGAAAAAAUGGGUCUCGAAGUCACCACCGUUCCACGCGGCGAGCCCAGCCUUUCUUUUACCUAUGAUCCCAAGCGCACUCUCUAUGAGCAAUUUCUCAAGCCGCCUUCGAGUGGAGACGGCGAGGGCGCCGACGAAGAAGACGAAUUGAAGAGCGCCAUGGCUAGCCCGACCGUAGCUUCAUUCGGCAACCGGGGUCUCAGCGGCCUUGGAAGCAAGCCGAUAAGUGUCGUAUCCCCCGCGGAUAUCAUGUCUCGUAAGCUCCAGGCCACUGCGGCUCUGUCGGGCUUCAAGGAAGAAGACCAGGAUGGUCCAGUCACAUCGACUUCCCACCACGGUUCGCAAGCAGCCCGCAACAAGCACAUUUUCCUCAACAUGUUUUCCAUCUUUGAGGGGAGCCCGACCUACAAGCAACGAAGGAAAAAAGCUGGCAGCAACGCAGGUGCAAAGGCCCAGGUACUCGGAACCAGCUCUUCCAGUGGUCCCGAACUCGCCAAACGACGAAGCACGCUCAUGUCGGAAGCGGUCAUUUCUAGACGCAACUCGACGUUGACGCUCAGCGGCGGCGCCGACCCUGCCGGAUCCUCGCACCUGUCCCACUACGGUUCAGAGCACCCAGCGAGUCGCCCACAAUCGUCGCAGCAACACAUCAUUCAGCAGUUGCCGAGCUACGGACUCAGCAUGAACCCGACCGUAGAGCGCUCCAUCACCGACGACCCGCAGCCUUCUCACGGCGACGAAUACGCUCACAUGCAUCCUUCUUUACAGCCAUCGGGGCAUGCUUCCAUCCAGCCUCCAGAUGCGGCCGCCAUCAAUGGCACGGCGACCACCAAGGCAUUUGUGUGCCCUCUGCUCAUGUGUCGACGGCUCUUCCGCAGUGCUGAACAGCUCAAAAAGCAUAUGUCUGUACAUUCGACGAGCGCGCUUGUCCGUGCAGGCUCCGGAGGUUUACGCUUCCCAUGCAAUCGUCCGGGAUGCCAAAAGGUCUUUACCAGGGCCGAUACAUUAAACUUGCACAAGCAGUCCUGCGCUGGCUGGGACACACGGCCGUCCACCGCAUCGGAACAGGUUGAUCAACUCGAAGAGGAGAGUGGCGACAUGGACAUUGGUCAUAUCCAAGAGAUUGAAGUGCCAGUGGAUUCAAAGUUUGAGGACGAGCCACCCAUGUCCGCGGGUGGAUACAGCUCGGUUUCGCCGCCGCCGCAUGGCGCGAAUCCGCAGAGGAUACCUCCGGACCUUAAUUUGAGUCACCUGCAGCAUUCCCAUCAUGUCAUGCCGUCGUCUCAAGAAAAUGGCAGCGGCGCACCGCAAUUCGCAGUCGUGCCUACCAGCGCAGAGACGAGCCCCUAUGUGGAGACGCCCGACGCGUCAUCUGCCCUCUUGUCGCAUUCGCUCGUGAACGGGUAUCAUUACCAGCAUCACCACCAUCAUCUGAACCAUUACCCCUCUCAUCCCAAUAUCGGCUCCAUUGCCUCUCCGCCCGGAAGCGCUCAUUCGCAUUCGAGCGUCGGUGGCCGAAGUGUGUUCAUGCAGCAACAAGCGCAAGGCAAUCUUCAUCCUGCGCGCUUCCAAAGCCCAGAAUUUGGUCUCUACAACUAUGCAGGACAGCCGUCUUCUGCGCCAUCGCACAAGGCAACCUUUGAUCAAAGUUCGCUUUACCCGCCAAUUCACUCGCACCAUCGUCAGACAGGCGGAAUGGUCGGCGUAUCGCUGCGGCGCUACCGCUCAGCCGCUCCUGCUAUGACUGGCACCUCCGGCGCCGGCGGACUACGCAUGGGCAAUGAUGGACGUCCAUUGUCGACCCAUCCGAUGAUCGACAGUCGACCGGCAAGCUCCGCUGGCGAGUCGAAUUACGACUAUGGCACCGUCAUUGUGAACAGCUCGAUGCUCGGUCAGGGACAAGGUAACACCUUUGCAUACAGCAUUGACAGCGGUGAUGGCCAGGGCGCGACCAUGAGCUACGUCCCACCAGACUCCGCAGCAAUGUCUGGCGUGGGCGGUGAGCCUGGUUCGGAGCACUCGAGCCCCAUGUCCUAUGGGAAUGGAACGCUUGGAGCAGAGUACGGAGACUCCAACUCGCCGUAUGAUGGAUCAAAUGGAGGCUCGCCAGGCAGCGUCGGCGGACAAGUUGCCAAUGUACCCAUGAUGGCCCCCGUCGCAAUGGUCCACCCGAUGCAUGAUCAUCCGGCCUUUCAGAUGAGAGGUCACGCUCACUCUCUAUCGUCGGAGAUUGCUACACAACAGAUGCAGCAAUACGUCGACUUGGAUGGAUUGGCCGGCGAGAGUGAAUCGACCAAUAUGACGACUGGAGCUCCGGCUUCAUACUCGCAUCAUGCAUCGCAGCAGCACCAACAGCAGUAUCAAGAUGAUCGCCGACCAGAUGUUGCAGCGUAUGCCGGUCAUCCGGAAGCAGAGUCGCACGAAGAGCUCUACCAAUACCACUACCAGUCUCAUCCGGGGGCCUCACUCCAUGAUCGGGCAAUGCACCGUACCCAGCAGCCUGUCCCGUACGGGUACCCGACUACUAUGGAGCAACCCGUAUCGCUAUAG